GAGACUUUAAACAGAAAGAAUCGUUCAUGGGAUUAUUGAACUCGCAUUAUAUUACGUGAAAAGUGUCCCACAAAAAAUCUACAUUUGCCUGUGUGAAAUUGUACAUCGUUUUAAUCUGUGUCAGAAGUAUGUUCCCCACAGAGGUUUCGGGAGGGACGUCCCAGGAAUACUUCGACCUUAACCAGGGACUAAGUGGGUACCAGGACUACCCCAUGGAUUACUGGGUGGAGAACGGAGACACGUGGUCUCCAGACUGUCACGACUCGGCUCAGCAAAACUAUGGUUACGGCUACCAACAAUGUUGUAUGUCCAACAACGACCAGGGAAUGGCUGUCUGUGGAUUGGACAAUCAGUACGACAGUCGGCCACAGGAAUACCAAGUCUGUGAUAUACAACAACAGGUGGCUAAAUCGAACCAAGGUCAGAGAAACUGCAGCAAUAAAAAGUCAAGAGACGUGCCGGAUUUGAUUCGUGAGGGAGCAACAGAAAGAGAAAGACAGCGAAUGCACUCCCUCAACGACGCGUUCGAUAAUCUGCGCCGUGUGGUUCCAAAAUCGAACCUUAGUGAUCACCACAAACUGUCAAAGAUCGCAACACUUCGCUUGGCGAUCCACUACAUAGCAGCGCUAGGUGGUAUUCUAAAGAGUAGUGGGGUCGAGGUUCGAGUCAUAGAGGAUCGGAGUGCAGGAGACAUGCGCGGAAAGCGAAGAAGGUUCCGGUCACGUGGGAGAAAGACGGGGAAUACUACCAAAUAGGGUAUGUGACAUUUACAAAACUUAUGAUAUAGCGGUAAAUAAAAACGAUUCUUAAUUGACAUUUUGAAUUGUGUGAUAACUAUAAUGUCAUGCAUGGGUCAUACUGGACACGAAACCUUGGACCUCGGUAAUACUGGACACGAAACCUUGGACCUCGGUAAUACUGGACACGAGAACUUGGACCUCGGUAAUACUGGACACGAAACUUUGGACCUCGGUAAUACUGGACACGAGAACUUGGACCUCGGUAAUACUGGACAUGAAACCUUGGACCUCGGUAAUACUGGACACGAAACCUUGGACCUCGGUAAUACUGGACACGAAACCUUGGACCUCGGUAAUACUGGACACGAAACCUUGGACCUCGGUAAUACUGGACACGAAACC